AAGCUACCAAGUUGUACAUUACCUUAUUCAAACACACUGUAAUGUGAUUAUUUUGUUUAUUUAAUACUUGACCUUCCAGGAAACCCCAUACGUUUGUUUACUUUGGUAUUUAAACAUUGGGCAUCUGGUAAUCAGGGCAUUGAGAAUCUUUGAAGAGGCUGUUUCGAAAUCCUGUGGCGCGCUCAUAUGAAUUAUACGAUGACGCAAAUACCGCGCCAAAUUUUGUAGAGAGCUGCUUGCUUGUUGACAAUUGGGAGCUAGAAAGGUACCUAGCUUGCUAUCCAAAAGACACGGACACAAUCACAAUAAUAACCUGUCAUUCACUCCAGUCAAAGGACGCGUGAGUUGGGAGACAUUCUUGUUUUUGUUGUUGCUAGGGGAAGCAGACAUGGGUUUACUGGAUCAAUGCGAGGAGCUGUUUAAGACGUCAAACCUUUAUGAUGUAAUCGGUGUCACAAAUGAUGCAUCGGAGGCAGAGGUUCGACGGGGUUAUUAUAAAGUCUCACUACAAGUCCACCCUGACAGAUCACCAGGUGACGGGCAAGCCACUGCCAAGUUCCAGACUCUAGGGAAGGUGUAUGCAGUCUUGAGUGACAAAGACCAAAGGGCCAUUUACGACGAGCAGGGCAUAGUAGACGAGGAGUCCGACUCACUUGACCAAGAUCGUAACUGGGAAGAAUAUUGGAGAACAAUGUUUCCUAAGAUCACACUUCAAGAUAUCCUGAACUUUGAGAAGUCCUACAAGGACUCUGAGGAAGAAAAGCAUGAUCUGAUGCGGGUCUAUGAGGAGCACAAGGGCGACAUGGACAUGAUCAUGGAGAACGUGCUGUGUGCCACCCAGGAGGACGAACCACGGAUCAGAGCCGUCCUCCAGUGCGCCAUCGACUCCAAGGUGCUGCUGGCUCACAAGGCUUUCACCAACGAGAGUGCUAAGAAGAAAAGCAGCCGCAAACGCAAGGCCGAUAAAGAGCGUAAAGAGGCAGAGGAGAUGCAGAAAGAGAUGGGCCUGAACAGCGAGGACAGCCUGGUGGCCAUGAUCAAGAAAAAUCAGAAGUCAAAAGAGGCAGGCUUUAACAAUUUUAUGGAUAACCUGGAAGCAAAGUACUGCAAGAAAAGACCAAGCUCUUCCUCAGGAAGGAAGGGAAAGAAGUGACUUUUUUUCUAACUCACCUCUGCGCUGUUGCUAACAGUCAUCUGUUUUCAUUAUAUGUUAUGAUUAAAAGUUGAUCCUGCGCAAAGACAGUUCUUGAGACCACUCUGUCAUAGUGAAAGAUGAUAUUCUGUUCAUAAGUCACUUAGGACCUAAACAUGGUCCGAUGAUUUGAAUGGCAGGGGAUGUGCCUAUAUAUAUAUGGGGGGGUGUCACUGAAAGAAGUCAUAUGUAUAUUUCCAAAGAUUUAAAAAAAAAUAAAAAAAAACGAUUUACUUGGUAACGGAAAGUCUUAUCAUACUAGCUUCUGUAACCAGUGGCCUAGAUGGUCAUGUAGCAACAACACAUUAUCAAGACAUUGUGAUGUAAUGUUGCCGAUUGGUUUUAUGUAUAGCCCUUAAGGAUUAUUUUAUUUUUCACAUUGCACUUAAAUGUAUUUGGUUUGUAAGUCAAAAUAAAAGCGUCCAAAACGUUCA